GGUGCCGCCGUCGCCACCACCGCCGCUGCCUAUAUAUAUAAGACCGAAAUCCAAUGCACCGUCCUUUUCACUGCAGACAACGGCCGAGUCCGAUACGCUUGCACCGACACACUGUCUAACGCACGUAACAGCAGCCAAGUUCACUGUCCCUUGCUGCGAUCGAGCAACGUUUUCCAACACUGUUCUAGAGACGCAUUUUCGACGAACUUGUCGACCGUCGACCGCUGUAAAGUAUAAUCAUCUAUAUAUAUAUACAUAUAAUACACGAGUAUAUUACCGACGACGACGAUCAUGUGCGGAACGGCCAAUCACAAGUCGGAACACGGACACGGUCAUCCGCAUCACUUGUUCCGGGUGCCGGCGGCCGACGCAGCGGCCUACGAGUACUUAGCCAAAGAAGAUAAGGCGCAGACGAUGCCGGCCAAACGUCCGGUCGACCGGAAGAAACCCGGCGACGCACUGACCUCCCUCACCAGGAGCACCGUCGAUAAGUGCACAUCGUACUUCGGAGAAUUUCAGAAAUCGCCGGCUUACAAGGUAUUGUUCUUCACGCAACCAGCGCACGUAAUAAUGGCGUUAGCUGUCACUCUGGUAGCUGCGUCGAUGUUGCCCGGUGACAUGAAGAAAACGUCUAACGUCAAUGGUGAAAAUGUCAAACCCAGGACUUUCGUCAACUUCGUGUAUCUGGCCGCGUUCUGCACGCACGUGGGCGCCCAGUUCUGGAUGACAUUCAUUUCCGGGUUGAGUUUGUACUUCAAUUUGGCCAGACACGCUUUCGGCGACGUUCAAAAGAUCCUGUUUCCCAAAUACUUUUCGCUAAACAGUCUGUUGAGCGCCAUCACUCUCAUCCAAUUCGGCAAGAUGCACGUCGCUGCCAACAUGUGGGACGUACACACGUAUUUACAGUUAUUCGUGUUGAGCUUGUGCUUCCUGCUGGAACUGAUGAUCCGACUGUACGUGGUGCCGCCACUGUUGCGGCUCAUCACCGUCAAGACGGCCAUCGAAAAGUCGGCGGGUGUCGGCAACGAAGUGGGCCGCUACGACCUGGGCCCGCUGGUCGACUGCCCACACUACAUGGCCAUCCAUCGGGCUUUCCGACAGGUACACCUGUUCGUGGCCAUCGGUAACGUGGUCACCAUGAUGUGCACCGCCUUCCACUUGGCGUACAUCGCGGCCUAACGACGCCGCCACCGCCGCCGCAGCCGCAGCAGAACGACCGGAAGUCUUCCCUCCCCCACACAUACACACACGCAAAAACCCAUUCACCGUGCAUUAUUAUUAUUAAUAUUAUUUUAUACAUACCAGUGAAACGUGUUACAGUGACGGUGGCGCCGCUCCAAAUGUCGUUGUCCAUCGCGAGGCUGCAGUAAUCGUCACUGUAACUAUAUUAUCAUACAUAUAUAUAUAAUAUAUUAUAUUAUUAUAUUUUAUACUAUAUAAUACUAUAUAAAUUCAGUGUCGGGUCUAAGUCUCCGGAGGCCACCGGGUCGCGACUACUGAUAUUGAAGGUCUCUUCAAAAAAUAAAAAUAAAAAAAUUCUCGUCUACGAUUAACUCGACAAAUUACAUGUUCUUGAUACACCCCCAAGAAGAUCAUCCCCUAAUACAAUAUACUUGAUUUAUCGGUAUACUUUAGAAAAUCCAAGAGCGUCGCACCCUCCCUCCACUUUUAAAUCCGGCACUGACUAUAUAAUAUAAUACUAUGUUUACCACCAAUAAUAUUACUACUACUACUACUACUACUACUACUACUACUACUACUACUACUACUAUUAUAUACAUACGUACAUAUCUGCUGCACGCGCCGCCGUGCGCUCAUCAUAUAUAACAUAAUCUUAUGUUUCAAUUGCUAUAUAUAUAUAUACAUACCUCUAUGCCUAUUUUACAUAUACACGGGGUCAUUCGUAUGUAUUAUAACUUAA